UAGAGCCACCUGCAGUGCAAGCGCGCGACGCCCACGAAACGGCACAACUCUGCUCAAGUUGUCAGGCUGUAAAGUUCGAUUCUGAAGGUUCAAAGACAACGAUACGUUGCCAAGAUGAUGAACACAUCUAUGCCGAAUUCCACUACGUGGAAUGUUAAAAGAAGGAGAGAAUUUAGUCAACUUAAACCUGGAACGGAACUUCCGGGGUACCGAGGUUACAUAGAGCAAUACAAGUAUCAUGUUGGUGAUACAUAUGGCAAUGCUACAAAUAAAUUAUCUGAGUCAUGGAGAACCAGGCAUCCAGCAUAUACAGCCUCUCCGCAGAACUAUUUUGAUCCAAAGACAACCUUUGUUGGAACAGGUCUAAGUGGUCCAGAGGAUGUGGAAGGGAGUGGUACAAGACGAGAUCUUAAACUUCCUAAAUCAACAGGAGACAAUAAGCUGACAGAGAAAAUGGUUCCUGGAUACACAGGCUACAUUCCCAGAAUGCCAUUCAAGUUUGGCAACACCUAUAAGGAAGAUUGUGAUGUCUGCAUUGAUGACUUCAUGAGGAACACCAAGGAACAUGAUACCAAGGUGCACACAUUACGAAAAGCACAAACGCAGAUCAAACCACUACGGCCAAUGGUAGAUGAAGGGACAGUUAUCCACCGAUUAAACCAGUACAGGGACAGACAUCCGACUUCCAAAAUACUUCUAGAAGACAAACGUGCAUCUAGAGAAGCCCCUAUGCCAGGGUACAAGGGCUUCAUUCCAAGACAAGGUGUGUCUGAACUGGGCCUAGGUGCUCGCUAUCAUACCAUCUGUGAUAAAUCUUUCAAUACCUUCUAUGAUGAGACAGAAAGGCAUGCAGAGAGAAUUGGACAAGCCUACACUCCCAAGACCAUGCUUCCAGAUGACCAAGCAAAGGCAUCCAUCCAGCUUACCAAAGAAGACAGAGAUGUCUUGAUGCAGAGACGUCUUUACAAGCAAAUUGGAAUGGUGCCCAAGUACACAGGAUACCUACCACAGAUUCGAUUCCAGUUUGGCCACACUUAUGGUGAUACGACUCGGUCCCUGCCUGUGUGUUUCCAUGAGCAGCCAACAUAUGGUCAGCAUUUGUCCGUCGUUCAACAGUCAGUUUGAACCUAAAGAAUUUUGCAGAUGCCAUGAAUUUUGUUCUAUCAUAUCAGUGUGUCUUUUAUCAUCUCCAGUCAAGGAGACAGGA